GUGGCGGCGGGCGGGGCGGACUGGCCGCGGCGGCCGCAGCGAUGGCCGGGGCACUGGCGGGACUGGCCGGGGGCUUCCCCGGGCCGCGCGUGGAGCCGGCGCCGGACUCGGACUCGGACACGGACUCGGAGGGGCCGGGCCCCCGUCGCGGGGCCGCCUCGCUGCUCCGGUCGCCGCAGGUCAUCCACAGCGGCCACUUCAUGGUGUCGUCGCCGCACAGCGACGCGGUGCCCCGGCGCGGCACCCAGGAGGGGCCCGUGGGGCCCGGGGACUUCGGGCCGCGCAGCAUUGAUCCCACGCUCACCCGCCUCUUCGAGUGCAUGAGCCUGGCCUACAGUGGAAAACUGGUUUCUCCCAAGUGGAAGAACUUCAAGGGUCUGAAGCUACUCUGCAGGGACAAGAUUCGCCUCAACAACGCCAUCUGGAGGGCCUGGUACAUCCAGUAUGUCCAGAGGAGGAAGAGCCCCGUGUGUGGCUUUGUAACCCCCCUACAGGGGUCUGAGGCCGAUGAGCACCGGAAACCAGAGGCCGUGGUACUGGAGGGAAAUUAUUGGAAGCGGAGGAUUGAGGUUGUCAUGCGAGAGUACCACAAGUGGAGGAUUUACUACAAGAAGCGGCUCCGAAAAUCCAGCAGGGAAGGGGACCUCUUGGCCCCUAAGCAGGCGGAGGGGGGGUGGAGUUCACCAGAACGAUGGUGCGAGCAGCUCUUCUCCAGUGUGGUACCGGUGCUGCUGGGGGGCCCCGAAGAAGAGCCUGGGGACCGGCAGCUCCUCAACCUCGACUGCUUCCUAUCCGACAUCUCCGAUACCCUCUUCACCAUGACCCAGCCCAAUUCUGCCCCUCUUCAGCUGCCGCCUGAUGAUGCCUACAUUGGCAAUGCUGACAUGAUCCAACCAGACCUGACCCCCCUGCAGCCCAGCCUGGACGACUUCAUGGAUAUUUCAGAAUUCUUCACCAACCACCGGCCCCCAUCAACACCUGUGAGCUUCCCAGAGCCCCCCAGCUUUAGCCCCGUGGCUGACCCUCUGUUUAGUGGCGGGUUCCUGACACCGGAAUCCCCGGCUGCCCCCCCAGGUGUACCCCUCCUCCUGGGCAGCCGCCUACAGGCCCGGAGUAGUUGCUCUGCACCGUUGGACUCACCUGCUUUCCUGAGCCCUGACUUCCUCCUGCCAGAAGAUCCCAAGGCCAAACCCCCCCAGUCCCUCCAUUUCCCUCCUCCCCCCAAGGUGCCGGGCCUGGAGCCCUGCCCCUCUACAGCCUUCUCCCCACUGGCCCCUUCCCCUCUGCUGAUGCAAGAGGACUCCCUGUACCCACCCAGGUUUCCCUUCCCUACCACAGCUCCCCCUUCAGCAGUCUCUCCACUCCCCACCCCAACAAACUUCCCCCCCACCCACCCCAGCACUGGCCCCUCCCCAUCUCCUUUCCCCCUGGAGCUCCUUCCUUCAGGAUACCCAGAACCCCGCUAUGGGCCCCAAUUUGCUGUGCCUCGCCCACGGCUCAAAAGCAAGCCUCCAACACCAGUUCCUCGGGUGCAAAGGCCCAGCCCCCCAGCCUUGGCUGGGGGCUCCAACCCCUGUCUCACACAGCUGCUCACUGCUGCCAAACCAGAGCAAACACUGGAAGCGCCACUCCCCUCAAGCACCGCUCUGAGGCCUUCUGGAUCCCCGAAGCCAGGACCUCCUGACUUUCCCUGUGCCUUCUACUCUCCACCUCUGCCUCAGCCUCAGCCUCAGUCCACCCUGACCCCUGGAACGCUAGCCCCUCCUGGGCCUUUACUGGUACCCAAAGCAGAGCGGCUUUCACCUCCGGCACCCGGGAAUGAGCGGCGUCUGUCUGGGGAGCUGCCCCCCAUGCCUGGUCCAGUGGGACUGAGCACACAGAUCUCUCCCCCACAGCCCACUUUGGGCAGAGGACGCCCGGACACCAACAAGACAGAGAACCGGCGCAUCACCCAUAUCUCAGCGGAGCAGAAGCGACGUUUCAACAUCAAGCUGGGAUUUGAUACUCUGCAUGGGCUGGUGAGCACACUCAGUGCCCAGCCCAGCCUCAAGGUGAGCAAGGCCACGACUCUGCAGAAGACAGCAGAAUACAUCGUGAUGCUGCAGCAGGAGCGGGCGGCCAUGCAGGAAGAGGCCCAGCACCUGCGGGACCAGAUUGAGGAGCUCAACACUGCCAUCAAUCUCUGCCAACAGCAGCUGCCCGCUACAGGUGUGCCCAUCACCCACCAACGCUUUGACCAGAUGAGGGACAUGUUUGAUGACUACGUCCGGGCUCGCACCCUGCACAACUGGAAAUUCUGGGUCUUUAGCAUCCUUAUCCGGCCUCUGUUUGAGUCCUUCAAUGGAAUGGUGUCUACAGCAAGUCUUCACAGCUUACGCCAGACUUCACUGGCCUGGCUGGACCAGUACUGUUCUCUGCCUGCCCUGCGCCCUACGGUCCUGAGCUCCCUCCGCCAACUGAGCACCUCUACCUGCAUCCUGACUGACCCUGCCCGUGUCCCUGAGCAGGCUGCUCGAGCCGUCACAGAGGGCAACCUCAGCAACCCCUCCUAGGGGCCUAGAACCUAGCCUGGCAUGACCUAAGCUGUAGACCUCCACCCUUAACAACUUGGGAUUCCCCCCACCCCCCCACACCCCAGUGCUUCUCAUCUGGGUGUGGGAUCCAGAAUCCUUCUGUCAGAGGGUGGGGGCAGGUAAACCCAUGAUCAUAAUAUAAUAACUGUGCCAGCCUUGACAGGGGGGAGGGCAGACCCCAGGGAGAAAGAGGACUUUAGGGACAGGAGGCAUGGCAAUAAGCAAACUCCUUGUCCGGCUUCCUGUCCUGUUCCUACCCACCAUGGUAGGUAUCGGAUCCAUGAUGGCCACCUAGCCAGGGAGAAAUUACAAGUGGAAAUCCCACCACGAUGUCAGUGGUAUAUCCCACUGUCCCACCCCUUCAUCUUCCUGUUUUUCCCACCCCUCACCACCCCCCCUGCCUUAUUUUAGCCCCUAAAUGGGAAUCGGCCCAGGGAAAAAGAUGAAGGUUUAUUUGUAUUGGGGGUGGGGAGGAAAGUGGGGAAUCUGUUCCCAUGAGCCCUUAGCUCCCCCCAAGCAGCUGGAGGGAGCCCUGGCUGCUGCAAGCCCCCAUCUCCUCCCCUUUACUACAAGUAGGGCCAAUGGAGGGGAGAAUGACGGGAAGGCAAAGGUGACUCCCGCAUUUCCCCGCUGAAGCACAGUUCUGUCCCGGGGAGAACACAGGACUUCAAGUCAGGUACCUUGGGUUCCCUCACAGUUCUGCUAUGAACUUGCCCUCUCUGAGUCUCAGUGUCUUCUGCUGUGAAAUGAGGGAGCUGGAUUAGAUGAUUCCCAGGGGCUCCGUUAUCUAGACCAGGAGCCAAGGAAGUUUGGGAGAAGUGGGGAGCAGAAGGAAGGACAUGGACUCAGGUAGGACCCUAGGGUUCCAAAAGAAGGAAUGAGGACCAGGUAUAAAGAGACCUCUUCCUCUCCCCCCCUCCUCUAGUCAGGCAUCUGAUCCCAGGAUGGACAAGGAUUUCCUUCUUUCCUUGUUCCCUCCCCUGUGGUUCCUAUAAAGUGAGAACAUCUCUGUAUCCUGGAGAGAGACCCUCCAGCUCAAGUCACAGGGCUCCUGCUGCCCAUCCCCUUUCUUUAGCCUGGCAGGGAUCUAUGGGCUCCCUGAAAGACUUUUCUCUGGGGCCAGGGGCCUAAUGCCGUGGAGCCCAGACUGGCAGAACUUGGCCCAAGGGAGGCCCCCUCAUCAUCAGAAGAGCAGCAGGCAUAGCAGCAUCUUUCUGGUGCGUGUGGAUUUGCUGAAGAAUUCUUGUCCAAUAAAAAAAGAGAGAGAAUCUGCCAAGACCUCA